CCGUCACGACUGCAAUCCAGUAGGAAAUCGGGACAGAGAAUUGGCCUGACAGUCCGUGUCAGGGAACAAAUGUCCCACGGCUCGGAGUGAGGUUACACGGAACAUGAAGAGCAGCACUCCCGAACAUGGCGGGGGUGUUUGAGGUGGAGGUUGACGGUGUGGAGCACGACCACGGACUGGAGCAUCACGAUGAAUCAAAUCAGAUCGACCUGGCCAAGCUUUCACCAGAAGAAAAGUGGAGGAUGGAGCAUGCAAAAAUGCAUGCCAAACACAAGGGCCAUGAGGCCAUGCACGCUGAGAUGGUGCUGAUCUUGAUCGUCACUCUUGUCAUCGCCCAGCUUGUCCUUGUGCAAUGGAAACAGAGGCACGCCAAGUCAUACAACUUGGUCACUCUGUUCCAGAUGUGGGUAGUCCCUCUCUACUUUACCACAAAACUUCAUUGGUGGAGGUUCCUGACCACAUGGUUUAUCUUCUCUGUCAUCACAGCGUAUGUGUCCUACUGUGCCACCCGUAAGCCACUAGACUGUACUACACCUAGAUUGGUUUAUAAAUGGUUUCUCCUCCUCUACAAGAUCAGCUAUGCCACAGGAAUAGUUGGCUACACGGUGGUCAUGUUCACACUGUUUGGUAUAAACUUAAUAUUCAGAAUAAAACCAGAGGACGCAAUGGACUUUGGUGUUUCUUUGCUGUUCUAUGGUCUGUAUUAUGGUGUCCUUGGGAGGGACUUUGCAGAAAUGUGUGCAGACUUUAUGGCUUCUACUGUUGGGUAUUACAGUGCAUCUGGUAUGCCAACCAAGCACCUCUCUGACAACAUCUGUGCUGUGUGUGGUCAGCCAAUCCUUGUGGAUGUCAGCGAAGAGGGGAUAAUUGAGAACACGUACAGAUUGUCCUGCAACCAUGUAUUCCAUGAAUUUUGCAUAAGAGGAUGGUGCAUUGUGGGGAAGAAGCAGACAUGCCCCUACUGCAAAGAGAAGGUGGACUUGAAGAGGAUGUUUAGUAACCCUUGGGAGAGGCCACACGUCAUGUACGGGCAACUUUUGGACUGGCUUCGAUACCUAGUGGCCUGGCAACCUGUGAUCAUUGGAUUUGUGCAAGGUAUCAACUACAUCCUUGGUCUGGAGUGACCUGCGACCCUGGCAGAGAUGAACACACAUACGCUAUACGGAGAAGACGUUGCACUGGCUCAAAAGACUGGGGGGCCUAAAAAUGGACUGAAACAUGGAUUUAAAAUGUGUCUAUACCUGUACCUUUUGUAUAUAUUUAUAGGCACAAAACUUGUGAUCUGAAUUUGGAUGUCUCUUUUAACCAGUUAUGUUUCUGCUUCACACAACAUUACACCUUAAUAAUUAUUUUAUGUACCAGAUGGCCCCGUAAUGCGGUUCUCCGUUUUAAUAGAGGUGCUUUUUCCCUAUUUAUGUCUAAAGUAUUUCUUUUAAUGUGUUGGGUUCACAGUAAUGAAUAGUUAAGGGACACUAUCAGGGUUACUUCCUUUCUCAGUGCAGUCACUCCCCAUGCCUCCAAAAUACAUCUACGUCACACUCCAGAAACUUGAAUUUAAGUUGUUGGGAUUUGUUUUGUUUUGUCCAUUGUGACACUCGCAUGCAUCACUCCUCCAUCAAAUACUUGUUGGUCAUGUUUAAGUGUUUCCAGAAUGUUUGAUUUUAGACAUUGGUAAAAAUUCCCUGUGGUGCAGGAGUGACCAGUGUGUCUUUCCAUCUCCGUACGUGCAGCGAGUGAGUCAGUUGAGGCUCCGUCAGCCUGAACUGCAUGUAGCUCCGCCUUUUCAACGUUCAAGCCAUUUCUUUCAUGAAUACAAGGUCAGAAAACGUGCUGUGCAACACCACCGUUGAGAACAGCUGCUAUUAAAUACACAUGCAUACUGAAUAUUCCUCAGGAUUUUUUUAAAAUGAAAAUGUAAUUGUAUUGUUGUUAACAAGGCCAUAUUCUUAGAAUUCAAUUUUUUUUUCUUUAAUGUAGAUAUUUAUGGCUGUUUUGUGAACACGUUAAGAUUUGAUUUUUUAAAAGCUCGUUUUCCAGUUUUUGAACAACUUCUUCCACAGUUAAUGCAUCAAAACUGUCCCUGUCUUUAAGAAACUAUAAAUUUGACUGGCCAAGUUAACAAUACUGAACUGAAUUGCCAUACAAUGCCACAUUUCACCGGGUUUGUCAUUUCAAUUACUAGGUACAGCGGUGCCAUCUGUUAAAUGGGCUCCUGUAUCGCCGCUUUGUGUUUUUCUUUCAGAUUUGUUAGUGAGGCAUCCUUUUGGCAUAUUCGUGGUUAAAAUGAGGAAUGUGUUCUUUUACUGAAAUGUUUGCAAACAAAGCUAUGAAAAGGUUAGAAAGAGUACCUAAGUGGCAGCCGUAAGGGAAGUACAAUACAGUGUUACCGACUUGUCAGCUGGCUGAAACAGUGUCAGUGUGUGGUGGGAGAGUGCUAGUCUUUUUUCUGUGUGUGCAUCAUGUGGUGUCUUCCAUCCAUCAUCUCUUAUUAGCGCACGUCCCAGUCCAGAGUUGCUGGAAGAUAAGUGUUUAAUGGUUUUUCUUGGAAGUACUGAUCUCCGUACAACACAUACUUGUCGAUUCUCUGAAGGGGAGAUAGUCCCUUUGGAGGAGUGACCCACAGUUGAGCCCCUCUGUCUCAUUAACUCUGUUAGGGCUCAGUAAAUGACUGUAUGCAAGAUGGGGAGCAUUAUCUGAUCAUUUCUUUGUCAAUUCUUUUGACAUGUUUGGUUUUCAAGAAUGUCCUUUAAUAAAUGUCACAUGAACUAGA